CUAUAACGUUAUCUUCAUUUGAGGUUCAGUAUAAUUUUUUCGAUGAUCAUGAUCUGAUCUUCUUCGCUCUCUUUGGAAAAUUUUGCAAAAGACGAUACUUCGAAUUGCUUACGUCCUUUGAUUGGAUUCCGAUGGGCCGCCUCACAUCCAAAGUCGAAGUUCCGGGACGAAGGCACGAAUCCGAUCGCGAAAACGACCGCUACAUAUCUGAAUCCGAUGGUUCGCCCGACUACCUCCGUCGCAGCCGUAGCCCUAGCUAUGAAGCGUACGGACGCGACCACCAGAGCCGCAAGGGUAACCAACAGCGUGACCGUUCUGGUUCGCCUGAAUACAGAAGCCCUAUCGAAAUUCCUGAAAGAAGACAGCGUUUUGAUCGCGAAAAAUUUGACGAUUCUAUUGAUUAUCGUCGCCGUCGAUCCAGUCCCAUUUACGAUGUGUAUGACCGCGACCGAUCAGAAAACCGCAACCGUUCAGAGUCUCCUGGAGGCGAAAACCCUAGAAGGAGGAGCCCUGCCCUUGCCAGAACCCUGAAAUCUCUGCCCAAGAAAUUUGGCAAGAAUCAUAGCUACCUGGACCGAGAUUAUAGGAACGGAAAACAAUCGGAGUCGGAAUCGGACGAGGAGUUGAAAGGAUUGAACUUUGAGGAGUAUAGGAGGCUGAAGAGGCAGAAGAUGAGGAAGGCGUUGAUAUUCUGUAUUUGGGAGAAUACGCCGAGUCCGCCGAGGAAUGAAGACGAUGAUUUGGAGGAUAAAGGUGAUAAAAUUUCAGAUAAGUACGGUGAGGAUGAAGGUGAUGAGAAGAGUGACUCUGAUAAAGAAAACGAGAAUAAGAGCAAUAAGAGAGUUAAAUCCGAGUCCGAGUCUGAAAAAUCUGGUAAUAGCGAAUCGGAGAGUGAGUCAGAAUCUGGAUCAGAUUAUUCAAGAUCUAGGAAGAGGAAGAAGGGGUCGACUUCUAAGCGAAGAAGUGGGAGAAGCAAACGUAGAAGCAGGAAAACAUCAUCUUCCAAGGAUAACGAAUCCAGUGACACAGAGAGCGAAUCCGAUGAUGAGGAAGACAAACGGAGAAGGAAGUCGAGGAGAAAGAAGAGUAGCAGGAAUAAGAAUAGUAAAAAAAGCUGUAGAAGGAAAAGAAGCAGGAAGAAGAGUAGGCAUAGUGGUUCUGAUGAGAGGAGUAGUGAAAGCGAAACGGACAUAUCCUCUGAUGACCGUGUCAAAUCAAAGAAGCGGAAAAGCUCUCUGAAUUUGAAGCUUAGAAAGAGUAAGAAAAAGAGAGGAUCAGAAACUGAGAGUCAAGCUUCGGAUUCUGAUAAGAGCUCAGAUUCUGGAGUCGAUGCCAACAGUAAACCAAUGGUAGAUGAGCCUAAUAUGGCUGAUAUUAAUGCUGCUGAAGCUCUUAUGUUCAAAGAAAUGAUAGAGGCUCAGAAGAAAACUGCAUUAGAUAAUGAGCCUAUGGUUGGCCCGGCACCAUUGCCAAGAGCUGAGGGACAUAUAAGUUAUGGUGGUGCCCUGAGGCCUGGUGAAGGUGAUGCUAUUGCACAAUAUGUCCAACAAGGAAAGCGUAUCCCGCGAAGAGGUGAAGUGGGUCUUUCUGCUGAGGAGAUUCAAAAGUUUGAGGACCUUGGGUUUGUGAUGAGUGGUAGCAGACAUCAGAGAAUGAAUGCCAUUCGUAUUAGGAAAGAAAACCAGGUUUACAGUGCGGAGGACAAGAGGGCAUUGGCUAUGUUUAACUAUGAAGAGAAAGCAAAACGUGAGCACAAGGUUAUGGCUGAUUUGCAAAGGCUGGUGCAGCGCCAUAUUGGGCAGGAUGUUGGUCCUACUCACAACCCUUUUGCUGGAAAAGAUGGGGCUGAUGCUUGAACCUCAUAUUCUUGAGCUUCGAUCAGAAUUGGAUAAACUGCAUCAUGUGAGACUUUGCAGUUGGUAAUGGAGAUCAUGACCAUUCACAGACCAUCAGACAAGUUCAUCUAGGUUAGCG